AAUAACUGUAUUGUUGCAUUGCAUAGUUACGUAACCUACAAGUAACCUAAAAAUACCUGAAGUCUAUCUUUUCACGGUAGUUAUAGUGCAGUUUGUUAUGAAAUAACGCGGGUGCAAUGGAAACCAGUUAUGAUGAGGAUUUGAACGACAAUAUUUUCUACCAAGUUUUACAAACUGAUCACAAGGAAUUGUUUCACAAAGCACUUCUUGAUGGGUGGGUAAUUUGUGUUCCCAGAUCAGGUUCUCUACCAAAGUAUGCUGUGACUCAAGACGAUAUACUAAGUCACAUUUUGAUUCCUAGUGAUGAAUUACCAGAAACGCAUUUUCGAACUCUCAAUGAUAAGGAUAUUACGAUUUGUAAUAAGGUGAUAACAGUGGAUCCCCAUGAUCAUUCCGCUAUCUAUAGUACACAUGUUUUGUUUGAAGAGACUUUUUACACUAGUGAUAUGAUGAAGUACAAAAUUCUAUGCAUUGAGAAUCCAUUACAGAUUUAUACGGGGGUGUCAAAGGAGGAGAGUAGCAGUAGUGUAGUUUCUGUACAAACUUUGAGGGACUGUAUUGAUUUGUUAUGGACUGAAACGGCGGGUAAGGAGGUUUUGGAGAAAAUUGAUGAUAUUAUUCAAAAAUUUCUAGUUGCAAAUGAGAGGCUAGAGUUCAAAUCCCUCCAGAAACAACGUGAUCUAGUCGGAAACUUGUACUCAUCUUGCCUGCAAAUAGUUUUACUUGACAGUCGUCUCCGUGUGAAAACCGCUACCAAUCGUCACUUGUUACAAAACAUCAAAACCAGCGUCGAAUCCUACAUACAUCAUGCAAUCUACAAGAAACUGAUCAAGGUAACUGCCUGUACUGCAUGUGAGGACGCAAAUUUUAAUAAAAUUGUGAGGAAUUUAUCGGAUCUACAGCUGCAGGACUUGGAGGUUAGGAGUGACUUGUACGACACUGUACCCAAGGCAAAGGCACAGAUAGCUAGGAUCGACUGUUAUUGCACUGUGUUGGGUAAGAUUAGUUGUUUACAGAGAACUUUGGCUGCGAUAUCAAAGUGUGACGCUAGUAAUUCGUCGUACGGGAACGUUUUGUCUGCCGAUGAUCUACUACCAAUGUUGGUAUUUUUGGUAAUCAAAUCGGGGUUACCCAAUUGGAUAGCGCAUGUCACAUACAUGAAGUUGUUCAACUUCUCCGCGUCACUCUCUCACCUCGAUCAGGGUAGUUUUUUGGUGACCUCUCUAGAGGCGGCUAUAGAACAUAUCAAAUCAGGGCUACUUCAGGGACCCUCCGAGCCAGAGGGACAACUGAACCUAGACGGCGCAGAGUCAGAUUCUGGAGGCUACGAGAUGUAUCAAGGAUUCGGGAUACCGUCGUCGAUUGACAGGUUGGAUUCGAAAACACGGUCUGCUACACUGUCGAAUCUGUUUGAGUUAGCACGACAGGGGAAUGCACAGGAACUGGAAAAACUGUUGACAGGUAAGGGGAGCGAGACAGACGAUGAAAUGAUACUACUGAACGCGGUGAGCUCGUUGAAACUGUGUCAUCCCCUCUGUUCUUGCGACAAAUGUGAGAGG